GGCGGCGAUGGGCGGGCGGGUGAGCCGCGUGUUCCGGAAUUUCAAUGUGGAGAACCGAGCCAGCCGCGAGAUCAGCAAGGAGAAGCCCACGCCCGCGCCGCGGCACCGCACGGCCCGGCUGGACGCCAUGGCCGAUAGCCCAGAGAUAAAAGAAGAAGUUUUCAGAAAGGACGAUAGGUUCCUCACCUUGCUCAAAGACGUUUAUGUCGAGUCCAGAGAUCCACCGGUGCGGGUAAAAGAUGGAGGUGGUGAACAUCUUCCAAGUAAACAGGAGGAAAAGAGACUUACAAAAUUAGGCCACCUGGAAGGUCUAGAUGUUAAAAAAGUUCCCAAAGGCAAAAUAUCCCUUGUAGAGGCCCUGACACUUCUUAAUAAUCAUAAACUUCAACCUCAAAUAUGGACUGCAGAGAAAAUAGCAGCAGAAUACAGUCUGGAACUGAAGGAGGUCAACUCUCUUCUGGAAUUCUUCAUUCCUUUUGCUGUGCAGGAAUUUCCUAAAGAAACCAAAAAAGCUAUAACAAGCCAUAAACCAAAACAGUUAACAUAAAAAUAUUUGCCAAAACCUUCUGUGAUCUCACUUGUGUCUUCAUUUUACUCUCAAGUAUAUUCCAUGAAAAUUCAGUUGAUAAGGUGUCAUCCAGCAAGGCUACUUCCUUAUGCCAGUGAGAUGUAUUCAAGCAAUUCCAUUCUCCAUUGGAUGGCUUCAUUGAAAUGCAGCAACUACAGUUUGUAAACCAGAAUAUGACUAAUUCAUGGAAUGACAGCAUGUCACACAGUUCUGACUACCCCAUUCAAAUGUUAUGAACUCAGUUAAAGCAUUUUACUGUAAGAAUUUUACUUUAAGAGAUUGCCUUUCUCAGCAGAGACUUCUUGGCCUGCAGCUAAAGAGGUGCUCUGUGGGCGUUGGCUCUGUAAUUUCAUGUUGCACUGCUCUUUCAAGGAAUUGCUGUCAAGGUGUGUGUGUAUAUAACAAACAGCUGUGUUUCUUUUGUGUAAGAAUGGAAUGGUAUUUAUAUUUUGUAAAGAAGGUUAACCACAAGGAAAAUUCAACUGUGUCAAACAUAAAAUAAAAAGAAAGUGAACAGCAAGAAGGCCUCUUUCUGGUGCUGGAACAGCAGUGGUUCAUAUGUAACUCCUCUUAUACUCUAUUCUCAUUUAGUUAAAUACCUGCACCUCUCCAGGUGCUGUUUGUCAGGGAAUUUGUAGUGAUGAUCUUCUGGCAUAAGUCUCUUGCAGCAGCCCAUGGCAUCUGCUGUAUGAGGAGCAAUGCUUCAUAUUAAUAGGUAGCAAGGACAUACAACUGGAUGUACUAAUUAGACCCACUAGGAAAACUUCUGUGAAUGUUUGCCCUUCCUGUUACAAUAAUCCUUUUUCCCUGUGGAAGCCUUGUCUGAUCCAAGUGUGGGCUAGAUCAGGUCAU